AUGAACCGACUCGCCUGCCUUCUCCUCGCCGUCGUCCUCGUCCUCUGCAUCGUCGAGCACGUCUCCGCGCAGUGUCAGUUCCUUAGUUUUUUUUUUCUUUACUCGAUCAAAUCAGAAGUUCCUAGGAGUGAGCCUUUACUAAUCUCUUAACUUUGAACCUUCAAGAUUUUGAAAAUGAAGAUUUAAUGGAUAGGCUCAUUUGAAUAGAAAACCUUGAAUGAAGUUUUUUUAAACAAUUAAAAAAAAUCAACACCGAACUCUUCCAAAGUGUUUCCUCCUAAUCGGAGAAUCUUAAGAUGUUUAGGAAACUCUUUCGUUUUUUUAGUCUGAAAGUGUUUAAUCCUACUUUCUUGCUAUGAAUCCUCUGUGGUAGUUGGAGAAUCAUAGAGAAGCUUCAAAUAUCUCCUUCAAAACUAAAGGCCUUUUUUUAGCAAUAUUUUUAUGCUUUUUCAACAAACGCUCAAAACUUAAAAUUUAUCAAUGAAAAAAAGUAGAAUAUAUCUUUUUCAACUUCAAAGAACACCAAACAACUUCAUAAGAACUCCUAACUAUGUAGAAAACCUUAGAACCCUUUACGAAUAAAGCUCAUCAAAAUACUGAAUAGAAGAAUGAAAACUCUAAAUUAAACUCGAUUCCUUUACAGGGGGCUACUCACCUUACGGCUACGGUGGCUACGGUGGAAUGGGCUACGGUGGCAUGGGAUACGGUGGAUACGGUAUGGGCUGGCGCCGACGCAUGAUGAUGCAACAGAUGAUGAUGGGCGGCAUGUACGGACCUUACGGAAAGAAGUAA